CAUAGGACAGGGCAGCUGACUGGCACAUCCCGAGGUUCUCUUUCCCAGUGGGUCAAGGUCCUCACCAUGCCCACCUUCUUCCCUGAAUCAACUGAAGAAUUUGAGUAUGACGAGUCUGCUGAAGCCUGUUACUUGGGGGACAUCGUGGACUUUGGGACCGUGUUCCUGUCCAUAUUCUACUCUGUUGUCUUUGCCUUUGGCCUGGUGGGCAAUCUGCUGGUGGUGAUGGCCCUCAACAACAGCCGGAAGCGCAAGAGCAUCACCGACAUCUACCUGCUGAACCUGGCCUUGAGCGAUCUGCUCUUCGUAGCCACUCUGCCCUUUUGGACUCACUAUGUGGUCAGCGAACAAGGCUUCCACAACGCCGUGUGCAAACUCACCACCGCCCUCUUCUUCAUCGGCUUCUUCGGAGGCAUAUUUUUUAUCACCGUGAUCAGCGUCGACAGGUACCUGGCCAUUGUCCUGGCCGCCAACUCCAUGAACAACCGGACUGUGCAACACGGCGUCACCAUCAGCCUGGGCGUCUGGGCGGCGGCCAUCCUGGUAGCGGCACCCCAGUUCAUGUUCACAAAGCAAAAAGAAAAUGAGUGCCUGGGUGACUACCCCGAGGUCCUCCAGGAAAUCUGGCCAGUGCUCCGCAACGUGGAAGUGAACUUUCUUGGCUUCCUGCUGCCCCUGCUCAUCAUGAGCUUCUGCUACUUCAGAAUCCUCCAGACCCUGUUUUCCUGCAAGAACCAAAAGAAAGCUAAAGCCAUCAAGCUCAUCUUACUGGUGGUCAUCGUGUUUUUCCUCUUCUGGACACCCUACAACAUUAUGAUUUUCCUAGAGACUCUCAAACUCUAUGACUUCUUUCCCAGCUGCAACAUGAAGAGGAAUCUGAAGUUGGCCCUCAACGUGACUGAGACGGUGGCGUUUAGCCACUGUUGCCUCAAUCCCCUCAUCUAUGCAUUCGCUGGGGAGAAGUUCAGAAGAUACCUCUGCUACCUGUACAGGAAGUAUCUGGCUGUCUUCUGUGGUCGUUCGGUCCACGACAGUUUCUCCCCAUCCGAAUCGCAAAGAAGUAGGCAGGGGAGCAUUCUGAGCAGCAGUUUUACUCACUUCACAAGUGAUGGGGAUGCGUCCCUCCUUCUCUGAAGGGAUCCACAAAGCCUUCUCUCUGCAGAGAACCCAGAGUUCCUGAAUCGGACACUCAGUAAUGAGAACAGAUUUUUUGGUUGUUGUUAUUGUUUCAUACAUGCAAAAAAAAAAAAUUUUGGACCCAAUACUAACAAAACCAUCCUACAGUGUAUUCAAGAAAUGUGCUCAAAAUUUGAAUGCCAGGAUGUUUUUUGCUUACAAAUGGCAAAAUUACAAUCCGGACUAACUUGGUUGAAAAGAAAUCUGUGAGUGUUGUUCUCAUUGUGGCACUGACAGGGGGCAACUGAGCCCUCAGGGUGAGUGGAAAACAGGACUUGAAUCUAGCUAGAAUUUGCUCUCUCUGACCCUCAAGACUUUUAGCAGUGAUAGAUCUCCAAAGCUCAUGUAACACAGAUUUAUCACCAGAAAGGGUAUAGGAUCCAUUCCUCUCUGGUCCCAAGGUCAAAAUAUCCCAGAGAGGUCUUCUGAUUGGCCAAGUUUGUAUCAGGUGGGGACCAGGUGGUGGCAUCCACAAGACAGGGAUAUAUAGGAUUAACAGCCUUCCUUGA